CGGUGCUGGCGGCGGCGGCGGCGGCGGCUGCGCGCGCGCCUCGGCGGAGCGCGUGGUGUAGCUGAGAGAACAUGUCCGGAAUCAAGAGAGUGAUCGCGGAGAAGGACCCUGACUAUGAGGAGAUCGCAGUCACGCAUCCCAGUAAGCGUCACAAAGCAGCUGAACAGUCAGCUCGGGAUGUUGCUGUGCAGAAGAUUGAGACGAUUAUAAAAGAACAGUUUGCCGUUGAAAUGAAGAAUAAAGAACAUGAAAUUGAAGUUAUAGAUCAGCGCCUGAUUGAAGCAAGAAGGAUGAUGGAUAAGCUGCGUGCCUGUAUCGUGGCAAACUAUUACGCUUCUGCAGGUCUCCUUAAAGCUGGAGAGGGGACGAGGUCAUGUGAUGCAACGAUUCUUAAUCACCCUUCAAUCAAGAAGUUCUUGGAAUCACCCUCCAGAUCAUCCUCUCCUGCUAACCAGGGAUCAGACACUCCAUCUGCCAACCACUCCGAAAGUGACUCACUCUCUCAGCACAAUGACUUUCUCCUGGACAAGGACAAUGGCAACGUGGAUACAGACGAGAGGCUGACAAAUAGCCUGGACCAGAGACAGAGCAGAAAUACUGGCCGGGACAGUUCGGGUGUUUCAAGCUCUCAAAAACCAGGACAACGAAAUACAGGACUAUCGAAUGAUGAGACUUCACGACUUUAUGUGAAGAAAACAAUUGUGGUUGGCAACGUCUCCAAGUACAUUCCCCCGGACAAGAGAGAAGAAAAUGAUCAGUCAACCCAUAAAUGGAUGGUGUAUGUCAGAGGCUCUCGGAGAGAACCCAGCAUAAAUCAUUUUGUCAAGAAAGUUUGGUUCUUCCUGCAUCCCAGUUACAAACCUAAUGACCUGGUAGAAGUGAGAGAACCUCCAUUUCACCUGACCAGGAGAGGCUGGGGAGAAUUCCCUGUGAGAGUCCAGAUACACUUUAAGGAUAGCCAGAACAAGAGGAUUGAUAUCAUACACAAUUUGAAGUUGGACAGGACCUACACCGGCUUGCAGACACUUGGCGCAGAAACGGUAGUGGAUGUGGAGCUACAUAGGCAUUCCCUUGGCGAAGAGUAUCUCUUCUCCCAGUCUUCAGAGUCUGACCUUUCUGAUGUUCCUACAUCUUUACCACUACCAUUGGGUAUCCCAGCACCAGUUAAAGCUUCUUCACCAAUUAAACAGUUGCAUGACUCCAGCCCGGAUGCUUCUGCGGACAAAGGAUUCUCUGGGAAUGCUGAAACCGAAAGAAAUGCCACGUUUUAUUCUCUACCGUCUUCAAUAGAACGGACUCCCACCAAAUUAGCCACACAGAAAGUUGCCUUUGGCUCUCAUGGAAAUUCAGCCUUUCAACCCAUUGCAGCUAGCUGCAAAAUAGUGCCUCAAGGUCAGAUUCCAAGCCCUGCAGAGUCGCCAGGAAAAUCCUUCCAGCCUAUCACCAUGAGUUGCAAGAUUGUAUCAGGUUCUCCAAUAUCGACCCCUAGUCCAUCUCCGCUACCUCGUACCCCAACCUCCACUCCGGUGCACAUGAAGCAAGGCUCUGCUAGUUCAGUCAUUAAUAAUCCAUAUGUUAUUGUGGACAAGCCUGGACAGAUGGUUGGAGCAGCAGCCACAAGCACAGGGAGCCCAACCAGCAAACUGACAAAUGUUUGUCAGGCCUCUCAUGGAACUGGAUCUCCUGUAUCAAAGACCCAUGGGAGCAGUUUUGUAACCUCAGCUGUCAAGCAGGAGGAUUCUCUGUUUGCUACAAUGCCUCCCCUCUGUCCCAUUGGAAGUCAUUCCAAGGUGCAAAGCCCCAAAUCUGUGACAGGAGGCCUUGGAGCUUUUACAAAGGUGAUAAUAAAACAGGAGCCAGGAGAGCUGCCUCAACAACCCCAACAGCCAGCAACAGGGACAACCACUCAGACCUCUGUGCAGCAGUAUGUCACUGUGAAAGGGAGCCACAUGUUAGCCUUGUCACCACAGAAGCCGGUCAUGAGCACAGGAGAGGGAACAGUGCAGUCUAAGGUUGUUGGCGUUCCAGUUGGUUCUGCUUUGCAGUCAACAGUGAAACAAGCUGUAGCCAUCAGUGGUGGCCAAAUACUUGUGGCAAAAUCUAGCUCUUCAGUAGCAAAAGCUGUUGGUCCAAAACAGGUUGUAACUCAAGGUGUAGCCAAAGCCAUCGUGAGUGGAGGUGGAGGCACGAUUGUUGCCCAGCCUGUGCAGACUAUAACAAAGGCUCAGGUUGCUUCAGCAGGAGCUCAGAAAAGCACAGCUCAAGGCUCAGUGAUGGCUACACUGCAGUUACCAGCCACCAACCUGGCAAACUUGGCAAACUUACCACCAGGCACCAAACUUUACCUUACCACCAACAGCAAGAAUCCUUCUGGGAAAGGAAAAUUGCUUCUGAUACCCCAAGGAGCCAUACUGCGAGCCACAAAUAAUGCUAGUCUCCAGUCUGGUUCUUCUACUAAUAGUGGAGGAGGAGGAGGGACCCAGAGCACAAGCAGUAACUUGUCACAACAUCUCACCUAUACAUCCUACAUCCUGAAGCAGACACCCCAGGGCACUUUUCUGGUUGGCCAGCCUUCUCCUCAGAGUUCUGGGAAGCAACUGACACCAGCAUCAGUUGUUCAGGGCAGUGUAGGAGUUGGAUCAUCUUCUACACAAGGACAACAAGCACUAAAAGUGAUAACUGGACAGAAAACAGCUUUAUUUGCACAGGCUGCACCCAGUGGACAGACAUCACUGAUGAAAAUAUCAGAUGGCUCUAUAAAAUCAGUGCCUACUUCAUCCCAGCUCUCCAAGCCUGGCACCACUGUGCUGAGAGUAUCAGGAGGUGUGAUCACCACAGCUGCCACCUCUGCCAUGGCCCUUCCCACAAACGGAGUGGCCCAGCAAAUAGAUAAUGCAAGUGCCAGUUCAUCAUCUUCUGGAGGUCCUACAGCAAAAACGUCUGGACAGCAGCAUCAAAUCUGUAUAAACCAGGGCCAGCCUACUUCAUCAGUAGUGAGUAAGACCGCUACUUCUGUUGUAAGUGUUGCUUCUCUGAUGACUACACCAACACCUGUGACUGGAAAAGCUGCUGUAUCAGGUUUGCUAAAAAUCCACUCAAGUCAGUCUAGUCCACAGCAGGCUGUUCUGACAGUUCCCAGUCAGCUUAAACAGCUCGGUGUAAACACAGCUUCUGGAGGUGUUCAGACAAUACUCAUGCCUAUGAACAAAGUGAUACAGUCGCUUUCUACUAGCAAAGUUUCAGCUGUCACAGCUGUCACAACAGCCAGUACAGUUGUCCCUAGUCCCUCUGCAGCUUCUGUCACUAAAGUUAAGAUGGAGCCUGAUUCAACAGGACAAAAUUGCAGUUCUGUGGGAACCCAAGAAGGCCAAGCAGCAGUAAAGACAGAAGAGAGCUCAGAACUUGGGAAUUAUGUUAUCAACAUAGAAUAUUUGGAGAACAUCCAGCAGCUUUUAACAGCAAUAGUGAAGAAGGUUCCAUUAAUUGCUGAAAAAAGUGAAGAUGCCAGCUCUUUCUGUGCCAGCUCAGUGGAACAGUACUAUAGCUGGAAUAUCGGGAAGAGGAGGGCUGCUGAGUGGCAACGAGCAAUGACAGUGAGAAAGAUCCUGCAAGAAAUCAUAGAGAAGCACCCCAGAUUCCACAACAUUACACCUCUGAAAACAAAACAUGUGGUGCACUGGUGUCGAUGCCAUGGCUACACUCCACCUGACCCCGAGACCUUGCGGAACGAUGAAGACUCAAUUGAAGAUGUGCUGACUCAGAUAGACAGUGAGCCGGAAUGCCCUUCAUCUUACACCAGUGGUGAGGAGCUGUGCCGAAAACUGGAGGAGCUGCAGCAGUUUCUGAAACGAGAACCAGAACACGAAGAGGAAGUAGAUAUUCUCAACUUUAGUGAGCCAUUAAGAAUAAACAUUAAAAAGGAGCAAGAGGAGAAACAAGAGGAGAUGAAAUUCUAUUUGGCUUCCUUGCCUGCAUCAGAGUUUGUGAGGGAUACAGCAGAGAAGAUAGGGAUUUCUUUUCAGCCUGCUGAGGUACACAAGAAUGUUUAUGCAUCAGUAAUAGAAGACAUGAUCUUAAAGGCCACUGAACAGCUUAUGAGUGAUAUCCUACGGCAAGCACUGGCUGUAGCAUAUCAGACAACUCCUCACAACAGGACUCCAAAAGAGAUCACAGUGAUGAAUAUUCACAAAGCCAUCUGUAAUAUUCCCUUUCUUGACUUCCUCACAAACAAACAUAUGAAGAUACUAAAUGAGGAACAGUGAAAUAGAACAGAGAAGAUGCUACAGGAAAGGUGGAUUUAUGACGGAAGUUGGGAUGACAAAUCCAGUAUUUCUGUAGGACACUAUUAUAUGCGUUUAUAACAUUGGGCUACUAGAUUGUUACCUCCAAUUAAAGAUGCACCUUAAUGCAACAGAAUGAUGCUCUGUUCCAAACCAAGUUGUUAAAUAUCAGUAUUUACUCAGUAAGUGUAUGUUCAGUGGCUGAACAAACAUUGUCAGUUUGCAUCAAGUUGCUAACUGUGAGAGAUUCCACAGGCCUAGUACAUGUGAUGACAACUGUGUUGAUGAGGUUGAGGGGUUGAGGGGAAAGAAACUAUUAUUUGUUACUUCACCUUUUUGACACAGACUACAAACGAGUUGAUCCCCACAUGCAGUGGGCAGAGCAGUUGAGUUGGCACACUGAAUAUGAGCAACUUCAAGGCAACUUUUGAAGGUGGGUUGUUUGAGCAGGUUGUUCGUUAGUUGGUUAGGUUUGGGUGGAAGGCUGAUGGCUGCAAUAAAUUCUGCCUGCUUGAGCAUCAUGUAUAUGACUGAUAGCACAGCUAGAUAGGCUUCUUAUUAGCUUAUUCAGCUAAGUGCCUGUCUGAAGGCGAUACCAGAUCUUUCUCUAAAGCACCUCAGAGAGGAUGAACUGGCACAUACUCCAUCUAGAUGAAUAAACCAUGAUCAGGCUUGUUAAGACUUGAGUGCCCAUUUGUCCUGCAUGAAAAAGGAGAGCUGAAGUUGCUUGGAGAGGACAGUAUUCAGUUUUUGUGGGCUUGGACUGACUGAAACCCUUUGCUUGCCCAGCAAAUGCCUCCCUAGUGUGGCAGAAGUUUUGGAGUCUUAAGGUGAAGGGCAGAUGAGCACCUCUGUCAUACAUGUUUUCUGACAGCAUUCACUGAUGAUCAGCUUUAUGAAGUGGUAUGGGAGCAGCACCACUUUGUCUUGCAUUCUAAUGAACACACAGAGACCUGAUAGGAUCAAAAAAUCACAGAGAUCCAUUGCUUGUGGGGAGCACCUCUGAUGUCUUGACUGCAAGAAGUUGUUCUGCUUCUAACCACAGCACUUACCUGUCUCAGGAACAUCACUGGUGUAGAAGAUGUCUGCAGGCUGGCUAACGAUAGCUUGCUGGAGAAAGCUUCGUUGGCAACACCCUGACCACCUGCACCCACUGCCCUCUCUCCUGCCUCUAUUGGUGCAUGCUAGUAGUAUGAAUAAGCCAUUGUAAAGUUGGUGGGACCUCUGUUGGACUGUGAGGCUUUCAGUGUGCUUGCUUUGUUGCGUGGGUGAAACAGGUCAACAGCUAGAACCCCCUAUGUGCUGAUCUCAGCUGGGUCACUGAUUUGCUGCAUGGCCUUGGAUUUAAUCACUUCGUGCCUCAGUUUCCCUAUUUCUCAGAAUGGGGAGCAGGAUACCUACCUCACAGGAGUGUACUGAGGCCUCACUCUUGUUGGUGCCGUGCUUUGACAAUGCAAAGCUUUUUAUAAACAUGAAACUACAGUUACCUUUCUUGGUCUGGGAUAGGAACAUAAAUCUUCAAAAUAAAAUCUUUUGGUGCUUCUUGGGGCUAGAAGAUGAAUGAUAGUAAUUCCAGCUUUGUGUAGAAACAGAGAAAGGUGGUUUCAGGCUUCCAAGAAGAGCUAGCUUAAGUUUGAUGCAGUUCUUAAGCUGCAGAAGGUAUUACGUACCUCAGAUGAGAUAACACCUGUAUUCACCAUAAAUAAAACAAGGGUCUGUGACUAGCCCCUCUUAGCCCAUCAGAGCUGACAGGGAGCUUCAAUUUACUUGAAUAAGAAUGGCAGAAUUUGGCACUUGAAUACAGGAAAUUGAACUGACUUUUGAAACCUGAAUUGCAUUCGGAGUAGAAGGAAUUAGAUGCCCCCUAGAAAGGGCAUUUCAGAUGCUCUAGAUUUGAAAGAUAAUCCUGGCUUGUUUGGUAAGCCUGGAGCAGGGUUGCGUGCACAAAUAAGUGCUUAAUGUAGCCCUGACACUAGUUUUUCAGCUGAGGUCAGUGUGAAGAAAUUGAACAUUGGUGAUUAUGUUUGAGCACAGUGCUGAAAGUGGAGAGGAAUCCAGGUAGCUGGAGAACUUGGGGCCUCACACUGUUUAUAGACUGUAGCAAACUCAAAAGUCCAUACAACUUUCAGACAUUCCCGUACACAGCUUGUACAAUAGAGAAGAGCAUUUUUGAAAUCUCUGUCUACAACAGCUUGCAGGUUGUGUGGGAGCAGCCUUUUGUGCAAACUCAGUUGUGCUAUGAUCUUCUGGAGUGAUGUGUGCAUUUGCAGUCCCCUGUCUCUUAUGGGCUUCGUUUCUGGGAUUUCGGUGUGCCCAGAGCAGCUCCUGAUGCAGUUUGCUUUGGGCGUCUGUUGGCAAAUCAUGGUUUCCUUGCCUGUGUUUUCUGCUUCUCUGUAGUGCUGAAAAGGGGAGUUUCAGACUUUGAGCCUUGAAUUAGGCCAUGAAGCAGACAGGUAAAUGCCUGUUGUUUUUAAGAGUUCUUGCAGUGAAGAUCUAUUGAUACAUUUCUGAGCAGCCACAGGUUAUUCUCCUAGGAGUUGCUAUAUUAAUAAUAUAUAAAGUUUGCUAAAGAAAAGAAAUCUGUUAGAGAAGAUAGAAAAUAACACGUUUUAGUCCUGCAAAUGUAGGGUAUGUUUGCGGUAAGGUCUUUGAAUUUUAAAAAAUGGUGGGAGAAAAUAUUGUCAGCAAGAAGUUUCCAUUGAAAUUGCUUGGAAAUAAGUGAGAGGUUUGGGAAAUUUCAUACACUCAGUUAGGUGUAGAAGUAUUGGAAUAUUACAAUAUAUUUCUCUGUCUUUCUAAAGAGUCUUAAUACUAGUUAAAGAUCUCUUUACAAAUAUUGCCCCAUUUGUAAUACUGAGUGUUUAAAUCCUUCAUGUUAUCUGUAUUAUACUGUAUAAUUGUGUAAGAUACAUAUGUUUACAAUAAAUUCUUUUAUUAGCUGUGA